AUGGUCCAAAAUCAUGUCGUUGUCCACUUUUCAAUUCAAUUCAAUUCAAUUAGCUUUUUAUUCAGUAAACCAACACAUGACAAUAACAUAUGCCAAUCACUAGGAGACCUGAAGCUUGCGCCAGUCCGAAUAAAUGAAAAAGUAAUAAAUUCCAAAGGUGAAUGGAAAUGGGAAAUACAGAGUUGUAGAAAAACCCAUCUACCUUGCACUAAUUCGUCAUCAGCAAUACCAGUGGUAGUCUCAUCAACUCGUAAGAAAUGCAACCUACCCAAUCGACGCUCCUCACUAAAUCAUUCCAAUCUCAUCAACAUCAAAUUCACCCCGACUUACAAUCCCGCCAAAAUCAUCCCAUGUCAUCUUCCACCCACCAUUUACAUCAUGAAUUCAUGGCUUAGGCCAGAUCACCCUGAUGGUUUGAUCGCAAUAGAUGGCUACACACCCUUCACCCUGGCAGGCGGCGUGGAGUGCAUUAUUGACAGUGAACCAUACAUCAUCUGUGCCAUCUAUUAUCCACAAAAUCAUCCAUCAUAUGAAGUCUCCACCAUGAUGUGUUCCAUCGAUGAACUCUCUAACACUGCGCUGGAGAGCGACUCAAAACUCAUCAUUGGGGGUGACUUCAAUCAACUCGACCAUCAUUCCAUCCUUCGAACAGGUCUACACUCUAUAUUCUGGGGUCCCACCCACCAAGGUCGCAUGUUUCAACACAUCAUCUUGGGGUGGUUGCUGCUCCUCCACCUCCACCAACCAACUCAACAUCAAGAAACAACACCACUAGAAAAACCAUCUCAUUUCGCCAACCCCAUUCAUCAAAUUUCUACUUUGCCAAAAAAUAAACUCAUGAGAUUAGGAUCCACCCUUAAAGCCGCAGCGAUCACCAAAUACAUCAGUAAACUUAUUAUCAACUUCAACUCAAAAACUUUCACUAACAGUAAGCGUGGAAGCAAAGCCAUGUGGGAACAAGUUAACAAGAUUAGAGGCUUUGAGAAAUCACUCAACACAUCAACCGUGCAGCAUAUUGAUGCCAACACACUCAACACCCACUUUGCUUCCAUGUCAACCGAUCAGUCCUACAAAAUUCCACCAACAAAAGCUACUACAAUCAAAAGUCAUCAACAUCAACAAUUUACACCAUACUCCGUCCUGCACAUGCUAACGAAGGCUUGCCCCUCCGGCACAGGCUUUCAAACAUUUCACGCACUCAAAACACAUGGUCUCAGAGGCGUCAAAUUAUUCGACAUCACCGAAUCACUCAUCAUCUCACGCAUCAAAUAUGCAGCUCCAUCCUGGAAAAGACCUUCAUCACAAGACACCUCAAACAUAUUAGCACUUAAGAAAACUUCAUCAUUACUGAACUAG